AUGGCCCAGAACUAUUUUCUUCCCCAUUACCAGAGCGAGUUUGACCACGAUUGGCGUUCUUUACAGUCUCAAUUUCCGGAGAGUUUCAAUGACAGCUUGCCCAGAAGCCACCCCGAGGAUUUACUAUGUAUAAAUGGACCACCUACCCCCGUGGCAUUGACUUCUUCUAGCGAUGGCAUUCCCUCGUACCUUUCACUUCCCGCCAACACAUAUCUUGCAAACUUGGGAGAAUCCCCUGCGGGCCUUCCGCAGUACGUCUCCCCAGAUAGCUCGCGGUAUACCUGCCAUUCUUCCCCUCUGAAUACCCAACCACCAAUUUCGCCUCAUAAUAUAUCUGUUAUAGCGCCUUCAAGGUGCGAUGUCUGGGACCCCGUUGGCGUCACUGGUCUUCCGCAACAUACCAUGCCUCGGAGCCCGCCACGGGCCACAAAACGCCUGAAGAUUGUAAGGGACAGCGGAGUCAUGUCAGACUUAGGCGGCUGUCUGCAACAGAGUCUCCUAUCAGAUUCGGGCUAUGCUACCAGAAGCAUUGGUACAAGAUCCGUGGCAGGUGGAGUUCAGACGUCACAAUUACUGGAGGAUGCCGGCCUGCCCAAUGGCUUCCUAUCCACUUCGCCAUCUUUACUAUACAAUGCGGUUCAUCCCCCAAUGCUUCCAACCUCACCCAGCCCCCUCACUCCAUUCAGUCAUGACCAGACAGACAACCAAACUACACAGUCCCGUCGGAGUAGGCAAUCAACAAAAUCUAACUUCGCUUGCGAGGUUUCUGAAUGCGACUGGGUAGGAAAGACGAGAUCUGAAUUAAAGAAGCAUACGGAUCGCCAUGAAAAGCCAUACAAAUGUGAUAUUUCCGGCUGCAAGCGCUCGCAAGGCUUUGCAACACCAAAUGAUUUGGAUAGGCACCGCAAAUCAGUACAUGGAAUUCUUCCCACCCACGGAACUGACAAAGUCUUCCGAUGUUUUGUCAGGAACUGUUCGAAAGCGCUGAAAGUUUGGCCUCGAGCAGACAAUUUUCGCCAGCACCUUACUCGGGUUCACAAAGGCUGCAAUGUAGAUGAGAUGCUCCGCAAAUCUGAUGCGUGGUAUGAGUCUACUAAACAUGUAGGCGACUACCUUCGAGCGGCCGAUGACGUUUCUGUAUCGACAGCUCCAAGUGAAAGCAAUGCCGCACCUGUUAAUAGUGCAGAUAUUUUUGCGCCAAAUUUCGCCUCAGAAGCACACCUAUCCAUUCAAACACCUUCUUUCUAUUCGGAGCAUACUGCGAUUCUCUCGACUACCGCUUCUAUAUAUGCGCCUGAACCCGUAGAUGAUGGAGACACUGGAACGCAGGUUCAAGGUUAUUCAGAACAAGGCACCACCGCUAACGAUGAUCCUAUCUCCCUACAGGAUCACCUUUUACCCAGCCCUGGUUCGCAAUUCCUUGCCGACCCCGAUGGUGACCCCUCGAAUACUUCAGCUUCUGAGUCACUUGCGGAAACCGUUAUGGGCCUUUUCAAAGCGCUGGAAGAAAUGGAGAGUAUGAAAUCGCAGCAACAGCAGGAUCAGUCUUCCAACGAUAGUGUCUCUCAAACUUCAUCAUUUCGUGAAUUGCUCCUAGCUUCUGGAGAAAAGGGGAGAGACUAUUUUAGCAGACUUCUUCAGAGUGGAUAUGAACAAUUGAACCCCCAGGAUAAUGAUGAGAGUGAGAGUGAUGAUGAGGAUGAUAAUGAUAACUCAUCUAUGACUGAUUCUUUGACCGGUGAAUGUAACGCUGAAAAUGCUGGGGAGAGAGGGUACAAAUGUUCCCACUGCCGAGCCACCGUUCGCCGGAAGUGCGAGCUAAAGAAACACAUGAAGCGGCAUACCAAGCCAUACGGCUGUACUUUUACAGAUUGCUAUAAAGAGUUUGGUAGCAAGAGUGACUGGAAAAGACAUGAGAACUCAAAGCAUUUUCACCUAGAAAGCUGGCGCUGUCAGGCACCUGAAAUUGAUAGAACAGGGAGCAACGCGGGCUCUUUGGAUACUCGAGAAUGUGCCCGCCAGUUUUGUCGGUCCGAACUUUUCUCUAACCACCUCCGUAAUGACCAUAAACUAAGUGACGCCCGAAUAAAAGUAUGCUUACGCACGGACAAAAUUGGUAGGAAUGGCCAAGGUCAAUUUUGGUGUGGUUUCUGCUGCAAACUGGUUCAACUCCAGAGCGAAGGGCUAGAUGCCUGGCAAGACAGAUUUAACCAUAUCGACAAAGAGCAUUUCAACCAAGGCCAGUGUAUUGAAGACUGGCUUCUACCGUCCGGUUGCCACACAAAGGGACGAGCUAAGCAACUCCUUACGGAAGAGGAAUUAUCAAAAUCUGCAGGAGUUUCUAACCCAAAUAUCACGCCAGCAACGAUAUGUCAAAUAUCUAAGAUAAGCAACACUGGCCACCCAAGCAGCAGUAGCGAACUUGCAAACGGGAGUCUAUUCGCGAAUGAACAUACUCAAUAUGUUGCCGGUCAGAAACCACAGGAUACUGGGCAUACACCCGCAAUCACUCUUACCCCGAGCCCUGAGCCUUUAAAUAAACAUAGAUUUAUAUCCAACCAAACAUCGCAGAACGGUAUUUUUGAGGUAGAGGGCGGUCCAGAUAGCCCACCUCAACAUCAAAACUUACAUCAGCCGCUCUCGGCCCAGACCAAUGCCCGUUUGGCUUAUAGAAAGGCAACCGCAGACUCUUUGAUGUCUUUUACUGGGUCAUUCAUCAAACCUCUUGAUCCACUUCAAGGUGCAGGGCAGUGUGUUACUUGUGUAGGCACCUCUUUUGGCCCAUUUCUCUAA